ACCUUAAAGGAAUUGUAUCUAAGAUGAUGAUUUUCCUGACCUAUCUUUGUCCCCAGAUAUGAGGUUUGGUGUGGUUCUGCUGCCUGUCACCAUGGCUACCCUGCUGCUGAGGCGCCAGCUCGGCUUCUCGCUGCACAUCCUGCGCUCCUCACUUUCAGGCUGUAGACAUGUGAGUAAGGCUGCUCCUCAGGCUCAGAUGGACUGGGAUUACGACGGGCCCUCCAUGAAGACCCCAGUGCCAGGGCCGCGCUCUCAGGGACUGCUCAAGCAACUGGGAGAGAUCCAGAAUGUCGAUGCCAUCAACUUUUUCUGUAACUACGAGGAGAGCCGUGGGAACUACCUGGUGGAUGUGGAUGGGAAUCGCAUGUUAGAUGUGUACACACAGAUCUCUUCCAUCCCCAUUGGCUACAACCAUCCUGCUCUGCACAAGCUGAUGGCCGACCCUAACAACCUGAGCACGUUUGUGAACCGGCCUGCUCUGGGGAUUCUGCCUCCAGGAAGCUUCCCUGAUAAAGUCACAGAGAGCCUGCUGUCGGUGGCCCCCAGUGGGAUGAGCCGGGUGCAGACCAUGGCCUGUGGAUCCUGCUCCAAUGAGAAUGCCUACAAAGCCAUGUUUAUCUGGUACAGGAAUAAGGAGCGUGGUGGGUCCAACCCCAGCGCCACAGAGGAGGACCUGAGCUCCUGCAUGAUCAACCAGAGUCCAGGCUGUCCUGAUCUCAGUAUCCUGUCCUUUAUGGGAGGUUUCCAUGGACGCACUCUGGGGUGCCUGGCUACCACUCACUCCAAAGCCAUCCACAAACUGGACAUCCCGUCUCUGGACUGGCCCAUCGCACCCUUCCCCAGACUGCAGUACCCUCUGGAGGAGUACACCCGAGAGAAUGCAGCAGAGGAGGCCCGCUGCCUCGAGGAGGUGGAGGAUCUGAUUGUGCGCUGGAGACAGAAGGGGCGGCCUGUAGCAGGAAUCGUGGUGGAGCCCAUCCAGGCUGAAGGAGGAGACAACCACGCCUCUCCAGACUUCUUCAAGAACCUCCGGAAUAUUGCACGCAAGCAUGGCUGUGCGUUCCACGUGGAUGAGGUCCAGACCGGUGGGGGCUGCACGGGGAAGUUCUGGGCUCACGAGUACUGGGGCCUGGACGACCCUGCGGACAUCGUAUCCUUCAGCAAGAAGAUGCUGACUGGAGGAUACUACCACAAGGACGAGCUGCAGGCUGACAAGGGUUACCGGAUCUUCAACACGUGGAUGGGAGACCCAUCCAAGAACCUUUUCCUGAUUGAGGUUCUGAACGUGAUCCGCAGGGAGAACCUCCUGGAGGAGGUGAGGCGGUCAGGCAAAGCUCUGUUGCAGGGGCUCUAUGCUCUCCAGGAACAGUACCCAAGCCUGCUGAGCUCUGCCCGAGGACAGGGGACAUUCUGUGCUGUGGACAUCUGUGAUGACGCCACCAGGACAAAGAUACUGCUCAAGGCCCGUGACAAAGGAGUCCUGCUGGGGGGCUGUGGUGACCGCUCCAUCCGCUUUCGCCCUGCCCUUAUCUUCAAGGAGUACCACGUGGCCCUGUUCCUCAACAUCUUCAAUGACGUUCUGGCACAGCUCAAGUAGAACCAGGAGGAACCAAGAACCUAGAAACAGGAACCCAUCUGACCCAACUGCCUUCAGACCUGUCUACAGCACAAAAACCUCCACACACACUGACACAUUGAGGGUGCCGAAGGAAGACUGGUUUGCACUUUUAACGAAGUAAUAGCUCAAAUGAACAACAGGUUAAAGGUCUUGCAUUAUGCUAAAUAUUUGCGUUAGUUAUAAUGUAGCUGUUUAUCAAGUCUUUGUGCCCUUAGCUGGCAAUCGUAGCAUUGUGUGUGCUCAGAAAUUGGCACUGCAUUAUAAGUACUAUAUAAUAUUUCAAGUUGUAACACGUGAAAUACGAAGCUUAAUAAGUAUUAAUAUGAGUUGUAGCCAAAUAAUUAAAUCAAAUAAUUCAUAUUCAGGACCUUUAAUCAUGGUUGGCAAUAGAGGGAAAAGAUAAGAUUUAAAGCCAUCGUUUGUAAUUUAAAUGUCUGACCAGACCAUAGACUGUAUAUAUAAAUGGACAUAGCUCACCUGCUAGACACCGCAUUCCAAGGAGGAAGUGAGCAUGGGCACAAUUCAGCUCUAUCGACUCGACUUUCUGUUGAAAAAUAGUGGCCCCUCUCUAACUGCUCCUGUCAUGCUGGUCAUUCUGACCUUAAAAUGUUUGUAUUAACUCAAUCAGGUGCCCUCUAGCUACCGUUAGCAGGUUUGAUUGACAGUGUUGUUAAGCCUGUACCUUCAAUACCCUCAUUCCUAAUUGGCUCUUUGGUUGCUAUGAUACUUUUGAUCACAAUUCCAAAUAUGGAAUUCAGUUCUAAAUUAGCCAUUAAAACUGCUAGCCUCAAUGAGCUUCAUUUUUCCAAACUCAAUGGGUAACGCCCCUCAGUCCACUUAUUUAUAGUCUAUGGUACUGCCCCUGUUCAAUUUUCAGCUAAUUUGUAAGUAACUGAGAUGUGGCCAUACAGAGCACGAAUUUAUUUAAAAUAGGUUAAUAUUACGGUAACUUUCGGACUAUAAGCCUAACUACUUUUUCCCACUUCUUUGGAGGCGGUAGCGGGAAGGACUUAGUCAAUGUAAAAAAGACGACAAAAGCUUUCAGAGGAAAUAAAAGCAGAUGGCCCGUGUUGGUGCUAUUUUAUUUUCUAAAUAUACAGGCAUCUUCAUUACGGGUUGAUGGCGUGUUGGUGCCGUGCUGCAGAUUUUCAGGCACAGUUUGAAAAAAAGUGUCUUAAAUUAAACCUCCGUGUAAUUAUCUUAUGUUACAACAUAUUUGUAACAUGCGGCUUAUAUUCGGGUGCGGCCUAUAUAUGUACAAAAUUAAUUUUCUUUUAAAAUUUAUGUUCAGGUACACUCAAUAGUCCGAGAUUUACAGUAUGUAUUUGACAGGUUUGGUAAUAACUUGAAUCUCAGGUAAUUUCAUUUUUGCAAGACCAGCAAUGUAAGAUUUCUGGUGGGGAUGUUAUCUCCAUGGAGAUGUUAUGCUUUGCCUGGAAUGUUGCACAGUAUGGCAUUAGACCUAUCUAUCAUGCAUUUAUUCAAUUAUAAGAUUUUUUUUAUUGCUGAAAAGGGACUUGAAAAACAUGUAUGGUAUUGUUUCCAUGAAGAUAGAUUAGUUUAAUGCCAUACUGUAAAACAUUCCAGGCAAAGCAAUUACAUCUCCAUGGAGACAAACAGGUACCAGGCUAUCAACCAAAUUAGUAGUAAAAAUGUCAAUAAUACAAAAUUUUAAAUAAAAUCUUUAAAACAGAGCUAUUCUGCAAAAUUGACUUUUCUGAACAUUUAACCAUGGUACCGUUGUUUCUCUUCUCAUUUACCCUCUAAAGUUGUAUUUGGAGUGGUUUGUGCAUGUUUCAGCAAUCUUUAAUCACUCAUUUUGAUAUUGCUGAUCAACUCCUGUUUUCACUGCCACUGGUACACACCCACUACUCUACAUUUACUUUGUUCUCCAAUUUUUUUUUCUUAAUCGGUGAUGCGCAUAGGAAAGGGGGAGUAGUUGUAAGGUGAAGGUAUGAAAGAAGACUGGUGUGGGUAGAAGGUAUGGUCCUCUACUGCCUCCUAGUGAAAGUGAAAUUACACACUGUGGCUUUAAAUUUGAAUCUUAAAGUUAAUGUCUGAAAUGGAAUAACUUUGCCAUAGCUACAUAUAUACCGUCUGCCCCAUAAAGCACUGCAUUCUUUAUCCUUGCUAAUAUAUUAACCCUAUGAAGAGGGAAGAGCUGCUAAUAUUAUUAUUGUUUUUAUUUUUUUAAAUUUUUUUUUACCUGGAUUUUGAAAAGCGCACAAAAAUCAGGGUUGAAAUUUCAAACUAGCUGAUGUUCCUAGUCUUUACAAUCCAGUCCAGGUUCAAAUGAGCACAAUUGUCAUGACAACACUAUACAUCCUAUAAUGGUGAUCUAAUCAUAUACAACAAUAAUAACAAUAUAUGAUUAAUACAGUAGUUUAGUUUGCGUUUUUUCUGUGCCAUAUUUAGUUUUGGUAAUCCCUCCAUUUUGCGUCAUGCAUGAAUGAACCUUUACAUAUACAUAUUUGAUAAUAAUGCUGAUGAUAAUGAUAAUAAUGCUAUAUGAAUAUGAAUAGUCUUAAGCUGACCCUGUAGCCCUAUGGUGAAGAAAUAUAGAGCAUUGUCAGGGUAUUUUUGUAUGAAGUAUUGCGGAGACAGUGGUGAAUGUCUUAUCCACGUACUUGUACUUGUACUUUUUAGCAUCUGUGAAGGCCAAUGUUUUGUCUUGUUUUAUGUUGUAUUCUGAAACAAAGCCGAGGGGAACAGGCUGUGGUCAUGUGGUAAGAGUUCAAAAUUCAGAUGGAGGGCACUGAUGAAUUUUAUGGUCACAUUUAAAGGAUUAAAAAUUUCAUAAAAUUUUCCUUUCAUUUACUAGGUAAGCAUGUUCAAAACUAAUGUGGCAAUUGUAAUGCUGAUUUAUUCUUAAUUACAAGAACAUUAGACAUGAUGGACAUGUUGUUUGCGUUUAUAAUUUGGUGUUUUGGUUCUAAAAGACGAUUAUCCAAUCAGAAAGCAGAGUGAGUCUCAUUUGGGUUGUCAGUUUCAAUGCUGAGAUCCACUUGGUUUAAACCUAAAAUGACUCUCUGACCUGAAUCAUCACUAUCUAAACCCCAGCACCUGCAGCAGCCAGUCAUUAAUCAGUGCUAGUGCCGCCUCUGCAGCUCAGUGAGUGAAUUCUGGAGGUUUUCAGCUUCCACAUAAGACACGGCCUAUACUCUGAAUGAGAAAAACUUGUAUGUGUCCUUUACCUGCAGGUUAAGGCGCUGGCAACCCAGGUUCAGUUGUGAUUGUGUGAAAUUAUAAAAUUCACCUUUUCUGUCAUUUUUGUUUGAAGACAACUUUUCUAAAACUUCUGCCCUUGAUCUGAUACUCUGACCUCAGCCUGUGUCGGUCUUUCCCUUAGCCGGAGCACACGUUCCUGGGUGUAUGUCCCGUGGUGUCUGCUUGCUGCUCUUUGGAUAACCCCUGUUCUCACGCAAACCAUACGUUACUGUGCCCACUGCCCGCUGUGAUUGUUCCCUGGACCACCUUUUAGAAGCUACUGUCUGCAUGUUCUGUUCUGUACCAUGGCGCCACAUAUCACUUGCACACUUUGUAUCUAUCCUUCAAUGUUCUUAAAUUAAUUCCUCAAUAAAUUAAUAAUUUUGUAUACAGA